GGAGGAGGAGGAGGAGGAGGGAGGAGGAGGAAGAGGAGGAGGGAGAGGGAGAGGAGGAAGGGGGAGAGGGAGAGGAGGAGGGAGAGGGAGAGGGAGAGGGAGAGGGAGAGGGAGAGGAAGGGGGGGAGGAGGGAGAGGAGGAAGGGGGAGAGGGAGAGGAGGAGGAGGAGGAAGAGGAGGGAGAAGAAGAGGGAGGAGAAGAGGGAGAGGGAGGAGGAGGAAAAAGAGGAAAAAGAAGGAGAGGAGGAGAAGAGGGAGACGGAGGAGGAGGAGGAGGAGGAGAAGUAUUAUUAUUAUUAUUAUUAAUAGAGGAAGAAGAAGAAGAAGAAGAGGAGGAGGAGGAAGAGGAAGAGGAGGAGGAAGAGGAAGAAGAAUAA